GGAAGCAGCACUAGUGAAGAUGGCACCCUCGUCAAAGUUUCUGACGUUUUUGAAAGUAGCGUUGGCUAUCUUGCUGAAUACAGAUGUCAGUGUCUCGCAGUGUCCUGGCCAGAGCAUCGCCUUUAACCACGCCUGUUACGAGUUCCCUGUUGAGGAGUUGGGAUAUGAAGACGCCAGACAGUACUGCGAGGAGCGGAACGGCACACUGGCCAUGCCCAAGACACCAGCUGUGGACGCCUACAUCCUGGGAAUCAUUCAGUACUCCGGCUAUGAAUUUGGAUAUUGGAUAGGAAUAGAGAACCCUAAUCCGAUGGACCCGGUGCCGACCUGGAGUGACGGCACGCCGGUUGCAAGCGGCUGUCAGUACGACGCUUUCGCCGAAGGACAGCCCAGCUUUCCCUCAUUUAUGUCCCGCAUGCCACCCCAGUGUGUCAUGAUUUGGACCGAUUUUCUUUGGUCCGUGUCUACCUGCGCUGAUCCGAAACGCUUCAUCUGCCAAUAUGGGGCUGGAGACCAAGAUGACUGUUCCGGAGAAAGACCUGUCUUUACAAGAGACCCUGCUCGAAUCCGACCAGACGGACGCUGCGGACCAGACUUCCCCGUUGAAGGAGGGGUUCCGGGAGAGUGUGACGCUACUGGACGGACGCCAUGUUGUUCUGCUGACGGACAGUGUGGCAGUUCCGAACUCCACUGUGACUGUCCGAGAUGUACCGACUACAGUCUGCUCAUAGUUCCGGACUGUCCGCAAGGGUACCACAAGUUGAGGGACACGUGCUACGGGGCGAAGCGGGCCAUGUUCAACUACACACAGGCAGAGAGCGCAUGCGCAGCGGACGGAGGAACUAUAGCCAUGCCCAAACACUUGCAGACCGACUUCUUUCUCAUAGGACUCAUGAUAAGGGAGGCGCCAGAAGAAGACUUCUGGAUCGGAAUAGAGGACCGUCGCUGGGAGUACAACCACAUGUUCGCUGACGGCACCAUGUUGGCCGACUGUGCCUUCAUAAAGUGGUCUACCAUGUCCCCAAGGGACAGGGCUCACAUGAUGAACUGCAUCAUGUACUGGAGUAGCCCUGGCUACUUCUGGCACGACAUGCCCUGCUUUGAGACAAUGAGCUACAUGUGUCAGAUCGGUCCAGGGAUCACUCAAGAUUGCGGGGCUGAAGAGACUGUCCCCACAACGACACGCCGCAUUCCUACCUCGGAUCCGCCAUCUUGGACAACCCGACCAGCUGUUGUACAGACAACUCAAGGUCAAGGUGCAAGUACAGUCCCCGUCUGGACCUGGCCUCGUCUCGGCAGCACCCCGCCACCACCGCCGCCGCCGCCUCCCAGUAACACGUUCAUCCCGCUCACCAUGCCUGGACAAGGCGGCCAGGCAGGCACACAGGAGCAAGAUGCCGGCGGAACCGGAACCGUGGUGGGAGGGUCGGUUGGGGCAGUAGCUACGGUAGGGGUGGGGGUCGGCGUGGGAGUCCUUGCUUACAAGAAGUUUAUGCUGGCCAAGGUGGCUCCCGUCGUAAAAGCUUAGAGCUACUGGCUUGUUGUGAUACAAUUUCAGGGCGUUGUUUUCUUAAAUAACGGAUUUUUAUGUGGUUUGUUGUGCAAACUUCUGGUAUGUUUUUCUGUACUAUGUGACGAGCUACGUAUUUAUCAAUUUAUCUCAUUACUCAGAGAUCUAAAACAAAUUGACACACCAAGCUAUAAAAUACUACGCGCAUAUCUGACAGAAAAUAUCUAUAGACUUAAGACCAAAGCGUCUUAAAAUAUGUCAAAUGUUAGGUUUGAAGACAUAUUACACCAGAUAAUCUCGGGACUAAGCCUUCAUAAGGUUUAUAAUCCGUUAACAGUUUUAUCAAGUUGAUAUUUGUCAGGAAGCCUGUACAAACUGUCAACAAGUUAUCAUAUUACUCUUUUGAUACACUUGUGGUGUGAAAGUACACCGAUUGCAAAUACCAUUAUUAUCUAACACGAAGUGCACUUCACUGUUGAUUGUGAUAUGUAUGUCGAUGAUAGGAAUACUAUAUUUAGUUACAUAGAAAGUAGAUUUCCUCAUUUU